CGAAAUUAAAAUUGGGGUCUCUUACGCUUUUGAGAGUGAUUGAUCAAUCCAAUAUGUCUCAUGAAUUACAUUUACAGGAAUUCUUUUCUUCUAAUUCAAACAAUCUAAAGGACGACGUAGCACUCCGAGCAGUUCUUACCUCACACUAUGAAAUAUUUAAAAGGUUCUUUAAGUGCGAGUCCUUGCUUAUGCGCUCGCCUCUUACUAUAUAAACUUCGGUAAACUAUACUCAGCAGAAUGCGAAAGCUCAAAAAUUUCCUAAGAGAUCCGAUUUCCGAACUUCCAUUGGAAACCGAAGCAAUUAUCUUAACUGUUUUCCUCAUUCAAACUUCUGAUUAACCCGAACCUCCAAUUUUUUUGGUUAUACUCUUCCAUGCCUCGGACUUCAGUGGAUUCGGCUUUUCUACCUACCCCGAAUAGAAAGUGAUGGGUAAGGGAUAAACUCAAAAUAAAAAGGAACCUGUACCCCGUCAUGAGUUCCCUCCUUAAAUUUUAAAAACAGUAAACAACUUCUAAGUGUUUCCAACUAUCAUCAAACAUAAACCAAAUCUUUUUAUUUUUUUUUAUUUUCUUUUUUAACCUACUUGUGGCGCCAAUAGGAUAUUGUGCUGUUGCCUUCGUAUAAUAUCAUACCUCUGUCUCGUCCGAUUAAAAUAUUUCAAUAGAACACCGCGUGCGAACAUUCUUUAACUGUUUUCGUAUAUAUUUGGAUUAUUGCUUAGGCAUCUUCUUUUUUGUGAAAUUAGCUUAUUAGAUAUCUUCAAUUUUUUUGUUGAAGACAGUGCGAAUUAAUGGUGUAAAGGAUACCAUUGCAAAUUAUUAAUCGAUUCCACAAACUCAUUAUUAUUUUUUUGUAUGAGAGUAUUUACACUCGCAUACUUUUGAUCAAAAAAAGCGAGGAUUUUCAUACUAUAUCAUUUGAUAUCCAAUACUCAUUUGAAAUAGCAAAAAGGAGUUGACACUUCUCAUCAAUAGGUGUUUUACUUUUUAUUAUGCAGGUUUCACCAUCAAAGAAGACCUCUCCAGUUGUCACAGGCGAUUUAAAGAACUUAGCCCCGGCUUUACCUACCUUCUGGAUUGCCUUUCCAGCAAGCCAGCCUUUAGGCUGUUUACGGCCUCGCAUAAAUCGUCGCAUUACUCAAAUAAAACAACGAGCAGAAACAGAAGAAGCGGUAUUUAAUUUGUACCAAAGAUGGAAUCCUUUAUCGUUUUCUUAUCGUCUCAUUUUUACAGAUGCCAUAAGGGAUGACAAGAGAAUUUUCGCUUGGUUUUUUACAAAACGAUUUAGAUCUCGAAAACUUCUAAUGAAAACUACAAAAAGCUUUGCUGAUGGCUAUAUGUAUUGGACAAUCACGUCCACUGAAGGAAGGGUGGUAUUUGAUUGCAAUACUACCAAUUUAAUGGAAGUCAAACAAAUUGUUUGGAAACCACAGGACCGAAAGUCGAAGGAAGGAAAUGCUUGGAAAGCAGAUUUGGUUUUACCAUUGCAAAAGCAAAGAAUGUCCGUGGCUUUUCUAAACGGACUUGAAAUUAAAUUUAACCCUCAAAUAUUCGAAUUUACUACACGCUUCAUAAAAUUCCGUUAUCUUGAAGCCGCCAUUUUUGCCAUGGCUCUCUAUGUGAAAAUAUACAACCUAAAUAUACUUCAUCCCUCUCUUGUACCUUGAGUCAUUCUUUUGUUAUUACCACUUUCCUCCUGUCAUGACAUCCAUGGUUCUUUAGGACUUUCUCCCAUUUUGUACAAAGCAUCCUCUUGUUGAUAUCUCUGUUCCUUGUUUAAUAUUCUUUUUUUUUUAUUUGUUCCUUUUGUUACGAUAAAGAAAUCUCGAUUCUUAAAAUUUUCUGAAAGCAACUCACUCUUUCUGGUUUAAUAUUUAAUGAGAAGACUCUAAUCUAGAAGUAAAAAUUAAAGAAUAACCGUUUAAUUGACUGAAUCCAUACGUCUCGUUUGUUUUUGUUUUUUCUUGUUUUUCUUCUGUAAUUGAAUCUUUUUGUUCACUCAUUUUCAUCCGAUACUUUCACAUAUCUACAUUCGUAUGCGGUAUCACCCUUACCAAACUAUAAUGCAGAUUUCCUUAUGACGGGUGUUC